AUGAAAGAAGGGAUGGAUAAUAAAUCAUUGAAUCAAUCAACUGCAUUGAACCAACAGGUUCAGCUGCAGCCUUUUGUCAUGGACGGAGGAGAUCAGCAAAUCAACCCUAAUCAACAAGGCUCUGACAUCCGACCUGGGCGGCAAAGGGUCAAACGGGCAUGUCAGCCAUGUAAAUCAAGAAAGAAGCGCUGCGAUGGUUCCGGGCCCUGUGCUACAUGUGUCCGAUAUGGCUAUGAAUGUCAUUAUGAGCUUGGUCCGAGGAAACGAAGAAGGCAUGCUUUGAAGGAUCACGAUACCGAUGUUUCUCAAAGUCACAGUUCGCCUGAUACGAGUAUUCAUCAUCGAGAUGAAAGGGAGAGAGCAGAGAGUGAAAGUGCUCAUGCACCACAACCUGUCGCCAAAGAUACAAAUCAUUUUUGGGGAAAGGCAUUUGCCACUUCUCUGGCUUUGAAGUUGGAUGCGGGGAAGUUGACUCAACCUUAUGUAUCAUGGAAUCUGGGACUCAAGGAUGAACCAUCAUAUGCGCAACCAGCGAUCACGAGGGUUAUAGAUCAAGUUGAGAUGCAAAGAUUGGCAAAUUAUUAUUUCAGUACCACACAUCAGAUCUUUGGUAUUUUCAAUAGAGAUUUGUUUGAUCGAAAAAUCGUGGAGAGAUGGGCAACGAACUACAAUAACUCUGACCCACAUGAUCCGAUUCUGUGUGGCGUUGCAGCUUUAGGAUCUUUGUUCUCGGGUGGUGAUCCAUGUCCAGCGGAGGCAUCAUUGGUAGAAUUGGCAAAGAUGGCUUUGGAAACGACGAGUGUGUUGAAUUAUCCUUCUCGACAUCAUGUGGUUGCAUGGGUUUUGAGGACACUAUUUCUCAGAUGUACAGCUUGUCCCCAUGCUGCAUGGAUUUCUAGCUGUACGACAAUGCACAUUAUCGAAAGUGUGGGAAUAGAGGACGAUUCGGAUAGCAGAAGCAAUGACACAAGACUCGAGCGUGGAAUUGGCUGUGGAGUGUUGAAUAUGCAAAGGUUGUAUUGGAUUGCUCGAAUGAUGAACUCGUGGGUCGCGAACGAUUACGGUCGAUCGAAAGUCACUGUGAAGAUACCUACACCCUCGUUUCCCUCUCCUGAAGGCGAGACAGAUCUCACAUUGGAUUAUCUUGAGUUAUUUCAGAUAUCCGAACGUCUGGAUCAGGAUAUCACUCAUACAGCGGUGGAAUUUGAAACAGUGAUAGCAUCGAUGUACGCCUUUCAUGCUCGAUCAGACGGAGCUAUACUUUCACAGAGUAAUUUAUGUUUGGGAUUAUACCGUCGUCUGCGUCUUCUAGCCUCGAGUAUAUCACAAGAAACUGUUGAUCAGGUGAUAUCCAUUUGCACAAAAGGUCUAGAAGCCGCUAUGCGAAUGGUAGAAUGUCGUCAACCUUGGUGGCACGUUGCCAAUGUCCCUUUCCAAUUUGUUUGCGUCCUCCUCGUCAUGGACACCCCCGAAGCACUAUCACAUAUUGGCGAAGCCCUCGAAACUCUCGACGCGGUAUCCCGCUGUUUCACCACUCGCUCACUUACAGAAUCCGCAACAACAGCUAGAACACUAGUGGAAUUAUCACAGAAAAGAAAACAAGAAGAGAUUAAUAUUUUGAGUCAGGGGCUUAAGACAAGGGUCGAACCGAUUGCGAUUGGCCAGUUGCAGAUUCCAGUUAUGAAUGGUAAAGAAAUGAUUCCAUCGUCGAUGUUAAUGGAGAACGGAAACGGAAAUGGAAUUGGAAUUGGAAUUGGAAUUGGAAAUGGAAAUAGAAAUGGUAUGAUGUCGGGAACGCCGAAUUUUGGUUUGAUGGAUUUCACGGGCUUUGAUUGGGAUUCGUUUUUGAGUAUGGAUAUUCCGGUACUGGAUGCUACUGCGAUGCUUUAA